AUGCUGGAAGCACGCAUGCAAAGUGCCUCCACCCUCAAAAAGGUCAUUGACGCUGUCAGAGACCUCAUCACGGAUGCCAAUUUUGACUGCAAUGAAGAAGGCAUCCGCAUGCAAGCAAUGGACAAUUCUCACGUUGCGCUGUCAUCAGUCGAGCUUCGAUCGUGAGUCGUGCAACCCACUGGAGUAUGGCCAGGAGACCGCCUCUCGCUAACCUGUACGUAAACCCGCUCGUGUUGCCUCGCUUGUUGCACAGCGAUGGAUUCGCACCCUACAGGUGCGACAGGCCUAUGAGCAUUGGUGUCUCCCUUGUCAGCCUGACCAAGAUCAUCAAGACCGCAGACAACAACGACACUGUCACCAUCAAGAAGGAUGACGAUGGAGACAGCCUGGGGAUCAUGUUUGAGAGCUCCAAGUCGGACAGAGUUGCCGAGUACGAUAUGAAGUUGAUGGACAUCGAUUCGGAGCACUUGGGCAUUCCGGACACUCAGUACGACGCCGUGGUGUCAAUGGCGUCUGGAGAGUACGCACGCAUCUGCAGGGACCUGAGCGUAGUCGGCGAGAGCGUAAGGAUCGACGUGUCCAAGGAAGGCGUCGGCUUUAGCGCGGACGGAGAACUGGGUGUGGCCAAGCUCACUCUCAAGCAAGGCGCUGGUAGCGCUACUGGUGCUGGAGACGAUGACGACGACGACGAUGAAGACAGCAAGCCCAACAAGAAGAAGCGCAAGGCGGGCUCCGGCGAAGAUAAGGUGGUGCCAGUAGAGAUCAGACUCAACCAAUCCGUCUCCCUCACUUUCAGUCUCAAGUAUCUCACCAUGUUUGCUAAAGCGGCGCCAUUGUGCGAUCGUGUCAGCCUUCACAUGAGCAAUGAGGUGCCUUUGUUGGUUAGUCGAUCAUUGAUGUUGUGCUCUCUUUGCAAUCACUUGCUGAACACUGCUCUCUCCACCCAUCUAGUGCGAAUUUGGCUUUGAUGAUGGCCACGUGCGCUUCUACCUGGCUCCCAAGCUGUCGGAGGUGAGUCUUUUGGCGCAUUGCGGGUCGGCGACAGGUACUGGCGCCGCUAUGCACUUGCCUGAUCGUCAUCAAUUUUUCUCUUUGCAGGACGACGAGUAG